CCGAGCACUUUUCUGGAAUCGGCCCGCGCCCCGCCCGGCCUGGGACCCCCCGCAGACGGCAGCCGCGUCCCGGAGCGGCGGCGCCCGGAGCCAGGCCCGAUGGCGCAAAGGUACGAUGAGCUGCCCCACUACGGCGGGAUGGACGGAGUAGGAGUGCCUGCCUCCAUGUACGGAGACCCCCACGCGCCGCGGCCGAUCCCCCCGGUUCACCACCUGAACCACGGGCCGCCGCUCCACGCCACGCAGCACUACGGCGCGCACGCCCCGCACCCCAAUGUCAUGCCGGCCAGCAUGGGGUCCGCUGUCAACGACGCCCUGAAGCGGGACAAGGACGCGAUCUACGGGCACCCGUUGUUUCCUCUGUUAGCUCUGGUCUUUGAGAAGUGCGAGCUGGCGACCUGCACUCCCCGGGAACCUGGCGUGGCUGGCGGCGACGUCUGCUCCUCCGACUCCUUCAACGAGGACAUCGCCGUCUUCGCCAAGCAGGUUCGGGCCGAAAAGCCACUUUUCUCCUCAAAUCCAGAGCUGGACAAUUUGAUGAUUCAAGCAAUACAAGUAUUAAGGUUUCAUCUCUUGGAAUUAGAAAAGGUUCACGAACUGUGUGAUAACUUCUGCCACCGGUACAUUAGCUGUUUGAAGGGGAAAAUGCCCAUCGACCUCGUCAUUGAUGAACGAGACGGUAGCUCCAAGUCAGAUCAUGAAGAACUUUCGGGCUCCUCCACCAAUCUUGCUGACCAUAAUCCUGCAUCUUGGCGAGACCACGAUGAUGCAACAUCCACUCACUCAGCGGGCACCCCAGGGCCCUCCAGUGGUGGCCACGCUUCCCAGAGCGGAGACAACAGCAGUGAGCAAGGGGAUGGCUUAGACAACAGUGUCGCUUCACCUGGCACAGGUGAUGAUGAUGAUCCAGACAAGGACAAAAAACGCCAGAAGAAAAGAGGCAUUUUCCCCAAAGUAGCAACCAAUAUCAUGAGAGCGUGGCUCUUUCAGCAUCUCACACAUCCGUACCCUUCCGAAGAGCAGAAGAAACAGUUAGCGCAAGACACAGGACUUACAAUUCUCCAAGUAAACAACUGGUUUAUUAACGCCAGAAGAAGAAUAGUACAGCCCAUGAUUGACCAGUCAAAUCGAGCAGGUUUUCUUCUUGAUCCUUCAGUGAGCCAAGGAGCAGCGUAUAGUCCCGAGGGUCAGCCCAUGGGAAGCUUUGUGUUGGAUGGUCAGCAACACAUGGGAAUCCGGCCUGCAGGACCUAUGAGUGGAAUGGGCAUGAAUAUGGGCAUGGAUGGGCAAUGGCACUACAUGUAACCUUCAUCAUGUAAAGCAAUCGCAAAGCAAGGGGGAAGUUUGCAGAGCAUGCCAGGGGACUAUGUUGCUCAGGGUGUGGUCCUAUGGGAAUGGGCAUGGCACAGCCAAGCUUCACCUCCUGCCCAGAUGACCCCACACCCUACUCAGUUGAGACCUGGACCCCCAAUGCACUCAUAUUUACCAAGCCAUCCCCACCACCCAGCCAUGAUGAUGCACGGAGGACCCCCCCACCCACCCUGGAAUGACUAUGUCAGCACAGAAGUCCCCACAAUGUUUAAAUUCUGUAGAUCCCAGUGUUGGCGGACAGGUUAUGGACAUCCAUGCCCAAUAGUAUAAGGGAACUCAAGGGACAAGGAAACACAUAAAAAAUAUUUUAAGACUCUCUGAACUUUGACCAGAUGUUGACACUUAAUAUGAAAUUCCAGACAGCUGUGAUUAUUUUUUACUUUUGUCAUUUUUCAUCAAGCAUCAGAGGACCAAUGAGACAAGAACACAAAUGUGAAACCAUGGGCUCACUGCGACAAUUCUGUCCAUGUAAAGAUCCUCUGGAAAAGACUCCGAGAGUUAUAACUACUGUAGUAUAAACAUAGGAACUAAGUUAAACUUGUACAUUUCUGUUGAUCCACUCCGUUAUGUUGCCUCAAAUAGUUUUAGAAGAGAAAAAAAAAUAUAUCCCUUGUUUUCCCACACUAUGUGUGUUUGUUCCCAAAAAGAAUGACUGUUUUGGUUCAUCAGUGAAUUCACUAUCCAGGAGAGACUGUGGUAUAUUUUCAACCUUUUGGGCCAAUGAGAAAAGAACCACGCUGGAGACCUUGGUGAACGUUUGGCCGAACCUCGUCCCUUGGACUCCAGCUUCCAGAAUGUGUUUUCAUGCCCGGCCCUUUGUUCCUCCAUCAAUGUGUCCUUUAGUUUCAAACAGAUCUUUAUAGUUUGUGCUUCAUAAGCCCAAUUCUUCUUAUUAUUUUGGGGGACUCUUCUUCAAAGAGCUUGCAAUGAAGAUUUAAAGACAGAGCAGGAGCUUCUUCCAGGAGUUCGAAGCCUUGGCUGUGGACAAAACAAUCUUAAGUUGGGCAGCUUUCUCAACACAAAAAAGUGAUUAAUGGCCAGAGCACCACAACUAGGACUUUCAGAAACUCAAAGCUUGGGGGAUGAACAGGAGCAAGAGAAUACUGUAACAAACUCCAUACAGAGUUCGGUCUAUUAAUUGUUUCAUGUUAGAUAUUCUAUGUGUUUACCUCAAUUGAAAAAAAAGAAUGUUUUUGCUAGUAUCAGAUCUGCUGUGGAAUUGGUAUUGUAUGUCCAUGAAUUCUUCUUUUCUCAGCACGUGUUCCUCACUAGAAGAAAAUGCUGUUACCUUUAAGCUUUGUUCAAAUUUACCAUUAAAAUACUUGUAUGAGGGACUGUGACGUUAUGUUUUAAAAAAAAGGUGUUAAGUCACAAAAUGCGGGUAAUAAAUAUUUCAUUUUUGAUUUUU